GCAGAAAACAACAAGGCGACAAGAUGCAUCGGCUCGAUUUCGUCCUCGUUUUUCUACUUUCCGCCGCGUUUUUGCUCAAAGGUGCGGACGCGACGAGGACCAAGGACCGAAUUUACGCCAACAUCGAGGGCACGUCUGCGUGUUUCCGCCGCAUGAACGGCACCCACCAAUUCGGCUGCGCCUCGCAAAGGACGGGCAAUGUUGGCGUCCUGCAGGUUCUGAACAACCAGGCAGACGUCGCCUGGCUCGUCAAAGAGGCGCCGGAGGACAAGUACAUGGCCGUUGUCUUUUCAGACAUGUUCACCAGGCAAACCCUGGACGCCCUGAAGGAGUCGCCAAAGGUCAACGGCGUGGUGCUGCUGCGCUCAGACCUGGAGGAGAGUUCGCUGGCCUCGUACUCGCCCGAGGACCAGUGUCCAAACCGCUACUCGGGGCUGUCCAGCUUCAGCGAGCAGCAGUGCGGCCAGAAAGAGUCUUGGAACCCCAAGGGCAACUCGCUGCUGCUCAUCGACUGGGGCUUCCCCAUCUUUUUUGUCCACAAUGACACCAGCAUCAAAAAAAUUACAGACUGCUUUACAAAACACAAUUCGGUGAGGGAAGGGAUGGCUGGCCGCUCCUUGUGCGCCAUGGAAAUGCAGGCCUUCAUGAUUGCGGCCAAGGAUUCGGAGACUUGUAUUCGCAGGAGCAACAUGAUCAACAACCUCAAUCCAAUGCGGUACUGUGACCCAAUGGGUGAUCGCAACGUGUGGGCAACUUUGUUCCCUCGGGAAGCAAGCGAGCCGGACCGGAGUGUGAUAAUUUUGGCGGCCAGACUCGACACAACCUCCAUGUUUGAUGGAGAGUCGCCUGGGGCAGUGAGCACUGUGGCCGGACUGGUGGCCGCCCUGGCCGCUUACGACCUUUUGGCCCACACUGACUUGCAGGAAGCCGACGGCAACGUCAUGUUGAUGCUGUUCAAUGGCGAGGCCUACGACUACAUUGGCUCCUCUAGACUCCUGUACGACAUAAACAACAAAAUGUUCCCCAAGAAAAGUGCAAAUGUGCCUUCGAUGGGCACUGACAAGAUCAGAAUGGUCAUCGAGUUGAACCAGCUGUCCCAAAUCAACAGGACUGCGGGUGGCAAAGUGGCACCCAUGUUUUUCCAUAAAACCGCUGGCAAUGACAUCAAUAAUGAUGUUGCCACUUUCAUCAACGCCAUGAAAAAGCUUCAGUCAACAAUUCCCGUGUCGUUCCUGGACAGCUCAGCAUCUUCUUUACCCCCAGUCUCUCUGCAGUCCUUUGUCAAAGCCGACUCGAAGUUGCCAGGUGUUGCCAUCACAGACUACGACCAGUCCUUCACCAACAAUUUUUACCACAGCAUCUUAGAUGACUCAAAGUUGCUCGGGUUUUCGUACUUGAACGGCACCACUGCUGCCCCUGACUCGAUUCAGACCUUCCUGGCUGACCUGAGCACCGCCCUCGGAUGGUCCAUCUACGAGUUGAUGGCCAAAAAGCCCUACUCGGGAACAGCCAGGGUCAACUCCUCAAUGGUGGAUGAAAUGCUGCACUGCUAUCUGAAUUCGAUCAACUGCACCCUGAUGAGGCAGGCGACCAAUGAUGAUUACACACUGUUUGAGUACCCCCCAGCUUUGUAUGUCGGAGUCACCAAUGGUCCAAACGCUGCCACCGGGUUGACAGGCAGACUUGUUGCCCUACUCACUGGCAAGGAGGUCAACGUGACCAAGGACAAGUGCAAAAUCAACGAAACUGAUCUUACACAUCAGUACCUGUGGAUGAGAGGAAAUGAUGAUUCUAGCAAGGGUGUUUGCGUCCAGACAACCAUGAACUACUCAGCUGCCUCCAGUCCUGCCUUUGACAUUGAAGGGUACGACUGGAAGUCUGGACAGUUUUCGACCUGGACCGAGUCGGUUUGGAAGUCAUUUGAAGUGCGCAUCUUCCUGAAGCCUUCAUAUGGCCAUGAGGCUUUUGUCAUCAGCUUCGGAUCCGUCUUUCUCCUGCUCUCUUUCAUCGUUGUCUACUUCAUCUACAUCCAGUCUGACGUUUUCUUUGACCCCAACAUAAACAACGGUGGCUGCUAGGAAAGCGACGCAAAUCAGAUAACGCUGAGGGAUCUGCGGCCAGGGGCCAACCUUUGAGAAGGUGCCUUGUAGUGCUGAAUUCAUUCUUCUGCUGCCAUCUCGAAACAAGACAGACCUUUUGCUCUCUGAUUUGCUCCUCGGACAACCCAUACUUUCCACUAUAUGAGUGUUUUAAAUUGUGCUAAUUUUCUUGAGUAACUUAUUAAUGAUCUCUCUACUUAAUUCCAAAUCAAAGGGGUCGAGGAAAAGAAAGAAAAUUUUUGAUAAGAAACUUUCCAAUGCUGUACGAAACUAAACCAUGUCAGAUGAACGACACUUUUAUCAAUUUUAUUCUCGACCCUCACAGGCAACACUACUUGCAGUUCAUGUCAGCUGUGAUAAUUGUAUGUUAAUUGUGUCUGCAGUGUGGGAGGAAAAACAGACAAGUUCUGAGUUGAGACCGGAGAAACUUUAUAACUUAUUUUGUUAGGAAUUUAAUUUUAAACUGCUUUCCUAAUCCCAUUGAUUGCUCGGUGGAUCGGAAGCUUACAAUGUUAAUUAGUGCAUAAUUUUUAAAUUUUGUACAUUUUGAUCACUGCAUAAUUCUAGAAUUAAAUAAAUAAAUCAGGUAAA